GUCACAGGAUAGGAACACUCCCUCUGUAGAGUCGAUACGGCAGCGCUCGGCUCGGCUGACCAUUCCCGUCCGGGGCCUACUUCCGUCACUUUACAUCUUUCCGAGUGAAACACUGCAUAUUCCUCGGCGCAAUGCUCCCACUCAUGGACCAGGGAUGACGAUUCGUACCACCUUGUUAUUCGAUCACCGAUAUAGCAUCUUUCACUGGAUAUAACUAUACCCUUUCCGUGCAGAAUCUGGUCUGACGUGACAAUGAAUGGGCAAGAGGGUGGUGUUGUGUCAUUUGAUGAAUAUGUGCGACAAAAGGCCCGCAGCGUCCCCCAGCACCAGAUGAAGGAGUUUUUAGAGUCGCUUGCCAAGGGUCCAGAGACACUACAAGAGUUCAGUCAACAGGGACAUACAGCCACAACUACUACCAUGGUGUACCAGCAAGGCGCCAACUGUGCCUACACAGAUAGCACAGAGGUGGCUGGGUCUCUGCUGGAGCUGGCUUGCCCGGUACAGGUGUCUGCAGCAGAGAUAUCACCUCAACUGCAUCAAGAAUCUGAGCAACAAAUUCAAGUGCAGGUACAUAUCCAGGGACAACCCACAGGCCAAGUGAUUCAGAUGGCUUCUCCCACACAGAAAGACCUGCAGGGCAUUUCAACCGGCCAGCUUGUCCAGCAGGGAGAGCUAACAGAGGAGCAACAUCAGCAGAUUCAGGCCCAGUUGGUGGCGGCUUUGGCUGGAGGACAGCAUAUCCAACUACAAGAUGGACAGCAUAUUCAGCUACAGGACGGACAACACAUUCAACUACCGGACGGGCAACACAUUCAGCUACACGACGGACAUCAGAUCCAACUCCAGGACGGACACCAUAUCCAGCUGCCCGACGGACAACACAUCCAGAUCCAAGACGGACAACAUAUCCAACUGCACGACGGCCAGCACAUCCAACUGGACGGGCAACACUUUCAGCUGCAGGACGGCCAGCACAUCCAGCUGCAGGACGGCCAGCACUUUCAGCUGCAGGACGGGCACCACAUCCAACUCCAGGACGGACAGCACAUCCAACUGCCCAACGGCCAGCAGAUCCAGAUCCAGGCCAUAGACCCUCACUCCGCCGUGCAGCAGCAGCAGCAGCAGCAGGGCUCCUCCAGGGAGGUGGUGACGCGGCGGGCGGCCACCCUCCCCACCGUCCUGCAGCCGGCCAAGAAGCGCAAGGUGGACGUGCCCCUGGCCGUGUCGUACGCCGGCCAGCAGGUGGCCACGCUGCUGACCAUCCCCCAGCAGGGGCAGCAGCAGCAGCAGAGCUACGUGUCCAUCCGGCCCGACCUGCUGACGGUGGACAGCGGGCAGCUCUACAGCACGGCGGGCACCAUCACCGGCCCGGCGGGCGAGACGUGGACCAUCCCGGUCUACUCGACGCCGCAGCAGCAGGGCGUCACCCACAUCGCCAUCGCGCAGGAGGCGUUCAGCAACGCGCUGCAGGCCGCCGGCGCCCAGAAGGACCAGAAGGGCGCCCCGCUGAAGGCGAGCAUGCAGCAGCUCUCCGCCCGCACCCAGGAGGAGGUGCUGCAGACGCUGCUGCCGGCGCAGUUCAUGAACGGCAACAUUCACAUCCCCGUGGCGGUGCAGACGGUGGGCGGGGCGUACGGCACCACCACGCAGUCGCUGCACAUCUGGGAUCCACAGCAGCAGCAGCAGAGCCAGCAGGAGGGCCAAGACGGACAACAGCUCCAUCUGCAGCAGGGAGAGACGCAGUCUAACGGCCAGUCCCAUAUAGAGCUGCUAGUUCCCGUCUGUCUCAAGCCGGAGGAAGGCCUGGAUGUCUGGCGCUUCUGGGCCCAGCGUAAAAACGCAGAGCUCGCCAAGGAAGAGCGGACCAAGCUCGCCCCUAUUGGCCGUCGCCAGCCGCUCCACUUCCAGGAGGACCUGGUGUCCAGCGCCGUGGCGGAGCUGAACCUGGCUCUGGCCCUGAUGACCCAGGAGGCCCGCGGGACUGAGGCGGAGCAGCUGGCUCCAGACGUCCUGUAUUACGUCUUUCUGUGUAUCCAAAAGUAUCUCUCGGAGAACGGGCGCGUGGACGACGUGUUCUCGGAUCCGUACUACGUGCGUUUCUCCCAGAGCUUACACAAGAUCCUGGACGGAUGGAGACCCAGUGUCCAUCCUUUAGGUUACCUGAUCCCCAGUCAUGUGACAGAGGAGAUGCUGUGGGAUUGUAAGCAGCUGGGCGCCCAUUCACCGGCCACCCUACUCACCACCUUGAUGUUCUUCAACACCAAGUACUUCCAUCUGACGACCGCCGAGCAGCACAUGAGGGUUUCCUUCUCCAAGGUGCUGAGACACACCAAGAAGAACCCCUCCAAUCCCAAGGACAAGUCCACGAGUAUCCGCUUCCUGAAGGGUCAAGGGCCACACCACCUGGGCCAGAAAGUGGCGGACGACAUGUAUAACGAGCAAGCGGAGGAUCCAGAGAACCCUCUUCGCUGUCCUAUUAAGUUGUAUGACUUCUAUCUCUUCAAAUGCCCUCAGAGUGCCAAAGGUCGCAACGACGCCUACUACCUGACCCCGGAGCCGGUGGUGGCGCCCAACAGUCCCAUAUGGUACUCCACCCAGCCCCUCAGCGGUCAGCAGGUGGAGCAGAUGCUGGCACGCAUCAUCGUGGUCAGAGAAAUCCAGGAGAUUGUCUGUCCGGCGCAAGGGAACUGAAACGAACCUACUGCCUGAAAGCACUGACUGUUGUGCUAAUUUAGCACGUCUGUGGAUCUCUCAAGUCAAGGCGCCGGCUCGAGGGAGAUGUGUAAUAUACGCGACACAGAAGGUGGGGGGUGCUGACCUCUCAGCGGAACAUCACUCAGACCUACCACAACCCACACACGGCACACGCCCGACCAAACUCUGGAACUUUUGAGGUGGCAAAGUGCAGAUAGCAACAGCUUGACUGCGGUCGGAUGAGGACUAUAAUGGGUGGUGCAGAGUACAUUAUUAUUUAUCUUUAUGGAGAUAAUUGGCCUUUUCCUUCCUUUCUGACCUUGUAACCUUGUCAUACUCCUGUUCUGGUGCCAGUGGUCAUUAUAGAUAAAAACUGACUGGUCUUCCCACUUAGGAUUAUGUAUUGCAUUUUUGUUUCGCUGUAUGUAUUAAUUGAACUUUCAAUUAUUAGUGCCAUUCUUCUAAUGCUUCUAAAUCUUUAAGCGGUGUAAAAUCAAAAAAAGGCUAAAAUGGUCACAAGAUAAAAGUGCUUAGUUUUUCAGGAACUGUAAGACGUUUUUGCUCUCAGGUCAAUUUUAAGAAAAUAAACUUGAUAUGUUUUUGUAACACUAAUUGCUAUUCAUUAGUAAGUAGUUUGUUACAUACAGUAAACUUUCACAGUAAACAUGAAAAGGUCUUUUGGCAAGUAGCAGCCCUUACUUUUGUAUACAUUGAGGUAUAACAGACCUCCGUGGUGGGGUGAAGAAUUACACUUGUCAUUGAAUUUGUCAUUCAAAAUGUUGUCUACCAUCUGAAAGUUAUUUUAAUCAUGGCUCUUUAAUUAUAGCAAACCAAAGUCUAAAACUGACAGACGGCCGACACUUUAUUUUUUUAUACAAAACGUACAUUACUUUUAUUUACUCAUUAAAAACAAAACCCCAAUUCUCCCAUUAGGUGAGCAGCAUCCAGUUCUUUAGUUAGGCUCUUUCUCAUCAGGAAAAAUUAAGUUCAGUCUUUGAAGCGCCUUGGUGAAGUACUUUGGCAUGGGGCAGGAGACUCUGAUCUCUGGUUGACUUGUGGUUCCAGGAAGAACCAUUUGGCGGGCGUGUAGGUGAAGGGUUAGAUUACGGGUUUUGCUCUUCUCCAACCCCAGUUUUCCGAGCACAUUUUCCGGCAACUUCUAAGAAUAAAAAUUCAUGUUUUUUUCAGUUACUGCACCAAAGACUACUCAUGUGUUUCUGGUAA